AAAAGCUACGGGAACUGGUCACGAGAUUUCAGCGUGAUAAAGCACGCACGAAACUGCUUUCGGUAAACACAGCCGACGCCACGAUGUUUAACAUCUUGGAGACAUGCAGUACAAAAAUAUGACUUCAUGACUGAAGUCAGUGUUGGAAAGGCAAACACAGAGACAAAUUGGAUUGCCACUGAUACUGAAUCCUUAAAAAAUGACACCAUGUGACAGCAUCAUGGACUAAAGAAGUGGCGCCCAAGAUAGAGACUGCAUGCUGUAACACGCCCUGUUGGAGCUCUCACCAAGAAUGAUGAGGUCCUCCACCAUUCCACAUGCUGCAGUAUCUGUGAACAACUACGCUGACUGUAGGAGGUUUCGUCCUGUUCGUCCUCCACUUCCAGAGCCACCAAUGGGCAUUUAUGUGGAUGCCAUUCAUCCCAAAAUGGUAGUCAAUGAAUGUAACCGAGCUUCAAUUACCGAGGCACCUACAAAGCCUGCAGCCAUGUAUGAAAGAGAACCGCCUCGUCCUCCUCCACCUCGACCGCCUCUACCCAACAACAGGCAAAUUUCGGUUCAGCAGAAAUCUGAGCGGGGCCAAGGCUCCCUACCCAGACAAGAUAAUAUCAUAUCCCUCCCAUGUGCAGAUGAGCCGCUAUAUAUGGAAAUAGAGGAGGCUCUAUAUCUGGAAAUUCUGCCAGGAAAUGAUGUCACAUUUCAGGCACAAGAGACAUCAAGACCUCAAAUUGGAAUGCAGAGCCAAAGAGACUUCAAGUUCAAUUCUUCUCAAUAUUCCAAUGCACAAAAACAGGAUAUCCAGGAGCUGCUUGAAUGGAUGCGAACAGUUUCAAAAGCGUCGCGCUUGACUCCAUCGUUGCAUGAACUCAGUAAAGAGGAGGAAAUAAGGGUCUUCAAUCAAAGAGCUUUGAACACAAAACAGGCUCUUUGUCUUUUCCACCUUCUCAUGACACAGCGCAGUCAACGUCUGCAAGGCUAUAUUUUAGACUUUAAUUCUAUCUCUGACCUUCUGGACAAAGAGACGAAGACGACCAAAACUAUGGGCAUUGCUGGAGGCACCACUGGUGCAGUGGGAGGAGUGGCCGCAAUGGUUGGUAUAGCCUUGGCACCCGCAACCAUGGGCGCAUCGCUGGUCGUUACUGCUGUCGGUGUUGGUAUGGUGGGAGUUGCAGGAGGAAUGGGUGUUCAUGCUUCUAAGCCCAACAAGAAGAUUGGAGACGGGAGCAUGAUUAAGAAACUUGUCUAUGAUUACAAGUUACAUGUUGCUGAUAUAGAACAGUGUCUGGAUUUUGUCCUCUGUGAGCUAACGGAGGUUCAAAGGCACGAUCUUGUGCGGUUACAGCAGGCUGGGGUUCCACCUGACGCAUUGACAAUUGCUGAUGAAAUGCAGUCUUUACUAAAUAACAUCAAGAAUGAUAGAAAUGCUUUGUACACACGUGGAAUGUCUUCUGACAGGCUGCUCCAUGUCUUUGCUGCAGAAGUGGAUCGAUAUUUUAAGGAAAAGAAUGGUCAGAAAAGGCUAAAGAAGUCCGCGAAGGGCAGACUCUCAGAAAGAAUUCAACUGCUAGCUCGAAAUCUUGAGAAGGAGCUUGACUAUCUGAAUUUUGUGUGGAAAUUGAUGAGACAUAUGUUCAACAACCAAAAAAAUACACUAUGACCAUGCUUUGAAUGCUGACCUUUGUAGAAUUUCCCUCGUUUGAUUUUUUUUUGUGUCUGAGUGUGCUCGUAAACUGUGGAAAUGUUUCAUCAGUUCUAGAAUGUUGUCAAUUGAAAUUAUUUCAAUAAUGUAGACCAAAUCAAUCCAAUUAUAUAAACACAAACACACACACACACGCACGCACACACUACAUUAAUAUUAAAAUCCGUAUUUAUCUUUGCUGCAUACAACAAGACGUAUGUAUAAAUAGAUAAGAUUUAUUGGGGAAAUUUACAGCCUCCAGCAGCAAGAAUGUGGGUAGAAAGAAGAAAGAAGAAAAAACAAACACCAUUCAAUUAAGUGCAAUAUAAAUACAAAAUGGAUAAAUCGCAGUGCUAUUUACAAUUGUUUUUCACAUCACAUCAUUUAGUUAUUAUUAUUAUUAUUGUUGUUACGAUAGCAUGACUGACCAUAUCUUAUGUGUUCAAUUAUCUUGUUAUUUGAUGUUAACUGUUCUGUAAAGCGCUUUGUUUCAGCUGCGGUUGUUGUGAAAUACAGCUGUAUUGUAAUGUAUUGUACUGUAUUUUUAACUGCAAUGGCUAUUGCAUGUUCAGGUAUUUCGUUAUCGCUCAUCAAUAAGUUUUGAAUAAAUAUUCAUGAGAGAAAAAA